AAACAUUUUGNAAAAAAUGGCUUCACUUGCAACUUUUUCCGCGGCCCAGCCCACCACCGUUAAAGGCCUCGCCGGAAGUUCCUUCGCCGGGACUAAGCUCCAUUUGAAGCCAUCUAAUUUUGGCUUCAAGCCUACUAACAACCGUAAGGCUUGUUCUGUGGUGGCAAAAUAUGGUGAGAAGAGUGUGUACUUUGAUUUGGAGGAUAUCGGCAACACAACCGGGCAAUGGGAUUUGUACGGUUCGGAUGCACCCUCACCGUAUAACUCUCUUCAGAGCAAAUUCUUCGAAACAUUUGCUGCUCCUUUCACCAAGAGAGGUCUACUUCUGAAAUUCUUGAUACUCGGAGGUGGAUCGACCCUCGCUUAUGUCAGCUCCCAAGCCACAGGAGACGUACUCCCAAUCGUCAAGGGCCCACAGCUCCCACCCAAGCCCGGCCCGCGUGGAAAAAUCUGAACUUUUUUCCGACCCAAUUGUUGUUUAAUAAUAUGUACGAUUUUCGAACAGCAUUGUAUGUAAAAAAUCUGACUAAGCUUUGCUCGCAACAAACUCUUAAGUCAUCAUACACAUCUCUUUAUGUCUCAGUUUUCUUCAACUGUCAAAAUGAUGUACAGAUCAUCAAGUAAUCCAAACCGGUCAUCGCCCCUGACUCAUCGGACUAUCUAAACAAC